GGAAGCAGUGUGCGGCAGCGGCCGGAUGUUCGGUGUGAAGACAGGAACAACAAAGAAGGGUUUAAAACCUACCUGAGAACACACUACAACACUAAAACAAGGGAAUUGGCUGUUGUUCAAAGGCAAAAGAAUUUGGUGUGCAUGUGAGGACAAGUGUCUGCCGAGCCAACCAUGGCGAACAUCAUCAUGAACAUUGAAAACCGUAUGGAGAACCAACAGGAGACCAACGUGGCCCCUGAACCGGCCCAGCAGCCACAGGAUGCUGCGGUGACCAGAGCACGGUCCAGAGGAGGCUCAGGAGGAGGAGAUGGAGGUGGAGGUGGAGGUGGGGGUGGAGGAGGUGCAGGUGCAGGUGGUAAUGGUAGCGGACCGGAGCAGAACGGACAGCCCCCUGCUGCUCGGCCUCCACGUGUGGUGGAGACGGAGGAGGACGAGGAUGAAGAGUUGACCUUGAAAUACGGAGCCAAGCACGUCAUCAUGCUGUUCGUUCCCGUGACCCUCUGCAUGGUGGUUGUCGUGGCAACCAUCAAGUCAGUCAGCUUCUACACCCAGAACGACGGGCAGAGACUGAUCUACACCCCGUUCCCUGAAGACACAGACACAGUAGGACAGAGAGCCCUGAACUCCAUCCUGAACGCCACCAUCAUGAUCACUGUGAUCAUCGUCAUGACUUUGGUGCUGGUGCUGUUAUACAAGUACCGCUGCUACAAGGUGAUCCAAGGCUGGCUCUUCCUCUCCUCCCUCCUUCUGCUCUUCUUCUUCUCCUACAUCUACCUCAAAGAGGUUUUCAAGACCUACAAUGUGGCCAUGGACUACUUCACCCUGGCGAUAAUAGUUUGGAACUUCGGAGUGGUGGGCAUGAUGUGUAUUCACUGGAAAGGACCGCUGCGGCUCCAGCAGGCCUACCUCAUCAUGAUCAGUGCCCUCAUGGCCCUGGUUUUCAUCAAGUACCUGCCAGAGUGGACCGCCUGGCUCAUAUUAGCAGUCAUAUCUGUCUACGAUCUGUUAGCAGUGCUCUGUCCCAAAGGGCCUCUGAGGAUCCUGGUGGAGACGGCUCAGGAGAGGAACGAGCCCAUCUUUCCAGCUCUCAUCUACUCCUCUACGAUGGUUUGGCUCGUCAACAUGGCCGACACUGACAGGCCAAAAAGGAACUCAAGCGAAGCGGCGCCACCUCAACAAGAGGCUCAAGAUGUUGUGUUGUCUGCAGCCGUGGCGUCUCCGGCUCCCUCCAGUCUGUCGCAGGACGACGGAGGUUUCACUUCCACUUGGGUCAACCAGCAGGAACACCAGCUGGGUCCGAUCCAGUCCACCGAACAGACCAGACGGGAGGUCCAGGAGAUGCCCUCCGCCCGCCCUCCUGUGGAAGACGACGAUGAGGAGAGGGGCGUGAAGCUGGGACUCGGAGACUUCAUCUUCUACAGCAUGUUGGUGGGAAAGGCCUCGGCCACAGCCAGCGGCGACUGGAACACCACGCUCGCCUGCUUUGUAGCCAUCCUCAUUGGCCUGUGUCUGACCCUGCUCCUCCUCGCCAUCUUCAAGAAAGCACUCCCGGCUCUGCCCAUCUCCAUUUUUUUCGGCCUGGUUUUCUACUUCGCCACAGACAACUUGGUACAGCCCUUCAUGGACAGGCUGGCGCUACACCAGUUCUACAUUUAGCAGGACGCUGCCCUGAUAACCCUCACCCACAUAGCCCUCCGGCCAACAACACGAGCGCGGUCCCUUCACAGCCGGGGGAACAAAGGGCGAUGCAAGGGCCCCUCCCGCCCCCACGUCCCCUCCUAAGAACUCAUGAUGACGGGACACAAGUUGUUUUUUGUUCUGCCUUUCUUUCCGGGCGCCAAGGGAGGGUAUUCCCCACGACAGCUGUUCUUAAAUAUUUUAUUUCAGUUUUAAACCAAGAAGUGACAUUUCUCGCUCGACUUGGGACCACAUCUUCAAAUCGUGACCGGUCUCAGGCUCAAUCCAAACUAAGAGAAGUUUAGUGGCAGUAUUUUAUUUAUCCAGGGAAGCUUUACAAGAGCUUGUCUGCUUCUUCACACACAUUCAUACCUGGGAGCUGCCCAGUACAACCACAGCCCUCUACAACUGGGGCUUUACAGUAGGUGCCUUGCUCAGGGACACCUUGGCAGUAGCUGUUUAGCGAAGGGAGACAAUUUCAUUAAAUCUCCCUUCAAAGACUUUGAUCGGACAUCUCCUUUUUUUACAACGUCUGAGCCACCACCGCCCCCCCAAAACUCAACCCAAGAUUAAAAAGCCUUCAUCAACCUAACGGACACUCUGAUGAUAUUGAUACUAGAUUGGUAAAUGUGUAAUUUGAUUGUGUAUGAGCUGUCGGUCACCAGACGUGCUUUCCUCACCGCUGUUAAGAAUGGUUAAGAUGUGUUUUGUUUUCCCACACGAGAAUCAAAAAGCUCUGAAGCCGGAGCGGUUCACUCCCCGAAAGAUUUACACUGAACAUAAAGUUUUGAGCAUUUGAAUCUUUCUCACGGGGAAAAGUGGAAGAAUUUGUUGUCUCUUUAGCGUUAAGAGUAUAAUUGUGACACUAACUUGUGUUUCCUGCCCUUAAUUUUACAUUAAAUCACAUUUGAAGUCACAGCCUGCAGAGAGGAGGAAAGCUCACACACACACACACACUGACGCACACAGACACACACACUGACACACUCACACCUGAGACUUACCUGCCAUGUCAGUCACGUACUGUCAGCCGCUGAGCAGUUCUGCUGGAGCAGUUGGAGGUUCAGUGCCUUGCUCAAGGGCAUUUCAGUAGUAGAUGUUGUCGUUGUUAUUGUGGGACAGAAAUGUGCUUUUCAUUCUCUUCCCUGACUGAGAUUUAAUUUGUUUUUUAAAACCUGUCCAGGGAUUGUAACCUGUGAUCAUCUGGUCACAAACUCUGAACCUUUAGGCUAUAGCUGCCCUCAUGACGCUCGCCUGGUGCUGUCUCCAACUAUGCUACAUCAAACACUAGGAUUACUUUGAUUAUACACAGAUACUGUUGUUUUUUCAAGAUAUGCAGAAGAGAAACUUUGUACUUUUUAGGAACAUGACGGUUAAUGGUAACGGGGUUCCUACACAGAUGAGGAAAAUCUGGAAACUUUGUGCACAUUUUGAGCCGAAAAAACACUCAGAACUGAUGAAUGAGGGAUUUGUAGAUCUAAUUUGAUUUGAUACUUGAAUUGGUGGACAUUUUUUUUGAAAAACUAAUCUCCAGUUAUGAAGCAUUAUUUGCUCAACUGUAUAUUUUAAUCAAGUUAAAAACAAACCAAAAAGUUAAAAUCAAAGUAUUGAAAAAAAGAUCUUGUAUGAAAUAAUGACAUGUGUAUGAACCCAAACUCUGUGGCUUCUCAUGAACCAGAUAACGCAGAUUGAUGGAGGACGAGCUGCACUGAAUGCUGUUUUGUUGUUGCACAUGAGUUUCAUGCUUGCAGAGAAGAAACCAAGAGGGAACAAGAUAGUGAUAUUUGUUCUAAAACUUUUUUUUUUUCUUCUCCCUUUGUUUUUAGGGAAUAUGUUGGGUGACUGGCUUUUUUUCUGUCCUUCACAUGCAUAUGUGUGUUAUGCAAGGUUAUUCAAUUCAGAUUUUGUUUUUUUAAUAAAUAAUGAAACUUUAAAUACUUUUUGUUUGUUUGCUUUUAAAUUAUGCCUGACACAAAUUCUCAAGACUGUAAUUUGCAUUUUUUCGCAGCCAGCAGGCACCACAUUAUAACACUUAAAGUGGCAAUCUGUAAAAUCAUAGUUUGGCUUUAUUUUUAGUGGUGACUGUGACUGCUGGUGCUUUUGUUUUGUUUUUUAAACUGCCAAUCAAAAUAUGGGUGUGUCCAGUACUAGGAGAACAUGCUUACAAAUGUCACAUGUCGGUACAGUGGUGUGCCAGAAUUUGGGUAAAGAGUAUCUGAGUAACACAUUUCUUCAAAUUCUAAAGCAUUUACUUUAUUUUAGGUUUUUUUUUACAGUUUCAAAAUGAAUGAGCAGUGAGUACUAAGACCCAGUUCCAGGUAAUUCACUGAGUCAGGUGAACAUAAUCCCAAAACUGAACUGUUUCUGUUUCAUUCUUAGGUCUCUUGUUGCCUUCUAAAGUGCCCAGCUGCAGCAGCUGUUCUGUUUGGGUUCCUCUUAAACAAUUGUCCAAAUUGGUUUACUUCCACCAACAAGACAGAAGGCUACAGAAAAACACAAUUGACGAUGUAAGAUAGAAUCACACGAGACCUGGUAAGAAAAGCUCAGAGGAAUGCACAUAAUACUGUAAAAGAGCUGCAGAAAAGACAGAAGUAAACACGGGACAAUAACACCACAUACUUUCAACAACAAACAGCCUUUUCUACAAUAUCAACCCAAAACCAGCAAAGUGCUCUCAGUAGAGGCUUCAGCCACAUGUGUCUUCCUCUCCUCCUAAAGAAGCGUUUAGACUUAUUCUAUUGUUUCCUCACAGCACUCUUGCGCCACACUGUCCUUGCGUGAGAGCAUUGCUGCUUUAUAUACAUUUUUGGGGAGGAAAAAGGCAAAGCAUUGAGGUUGUGUGGCAGCUGGAGGCACAAGUAGUUUUUCAGCAGCAAUAAGAAUUCUCUGUUUUGGGUCUCAUCAACAGUUUGUUCUUAUUUUUUUUGUUCCCAUUGUUUUCUCAGAUAAUUGGAGAGUUUUUUUUUGUGUGUGUGGUCAAGCACACUCUUACCAAGAUAAGAAAAGUUCAUAAAUAUAGUAUAUUAUUGUAUUCAUAUAUUAGAUCAUUAUGUUAAAGCUGAGUUGUUGUUUUUCCUGUAACACCAGUACUGACAGUCUUUUGAUGGCAUCUCUCUAAAUUGCACACCAGAACUUGUAUAGAGUUUAGGUUCAGGGGCUUGUGUACCUUACCUUUGCUAAUAAACAAUUAUGAUCGUCAUUCAGCA